CUUAGUAAACUUACCUCACUCGAUUGUAUAAAACUUGUUAAUUUAUGUAGUUCAGUGUGCCUCUUCGUUACAAACGGAGAUUCAUCUUAAAAAUAGUAAAACUAUCGUUAGUAUUUUGUUCCUAGUGUUAGUGUUGAUUACGUAAGGAUUUUCAAGUUCACAGAUGGCGCCACUAUCUUUGAAGGUGGUGCAAGACACAGGUGCGGUGGUCACCCGUACCGUGAAGGUGGACUCCAAGGAUGUUGUGGAGAAGGUGCUGGAUGUGGUCAGGGAGAAAUUCAUGAUUUCUACCGACGGAAAUGAAUACGGACUGUUCCUGACCGCGGCGGACGAUGACCUCUCCGGGAUCUGGCUGGAGCACUCCAGGAACCUGGAGUACUACAUGCUGCGGGACGGGGACACGCUGCUGCUGCUUACGAAGACCAGAAACUUGAGGCUGAGGAUGUUGGAUGGGUCAGUGAAGACAGUCCAGGUGGACGAGUCGGAGCCCAUCUCCCGCGUGAUGGCCGGCAUCUGCGCCAGGAUCGGAAUUACUAACCACGAGGAGUAUGGUCUGUGCUACGACGAUGAUGAAGGCGAUGAGUCCAGGGUGUCUUCCGCCGGUACCCUGACGCUGAAGCGGCCUCCGCAGAAGGAGAGAGAUGCAAAGCUGGAGCACAUGAGCAAGAAGCUCAAAACUGAUGAUAAUGUUCGUUGGCUGGACAUGCACCGGACUCUCCGGGAGAUGGAGGUGGGCCCCAGAGACACCCUCCUGCUGAAGCGGCGCCUGUUCUACACGGACAGGAACGUGGACCCCAGGGACCCUGUGCAGCUCAACUUGCUGUACGUGCAGACCAGGGACGCCAUCCUGGACGGCAGACACCCUGUCACUCAAGAACAAGCUUGUGAAUUCGCCGGACUCCAGUGUCAAAUCCAAUAUGGCGACUAUCAAGAGGAGAAACAUAAAACCGGCUAUUUGGAACACUACAAAGAAUUACUGCCCGACAAUAUGGCGAACAGAAGCGGGCUGGAGAAGAAGAUCCUCAAGGAAUAUCAGAAGCACCAGGGUCUGAGCGAUCUGGAAGCGAAGCACUUGUACACCAAGACCGCCAGGGAGCUGCCCACUUACGGCGUCACAUUUUUUGUUGUAAAGGAGAAACAACAAAAAGGCAAGAAAAAGCUGGUGCCUCGUCUGCUUGGCAUCAGCGCCAACGCCGUCCUGCGGCUGGACGAGGAGACCAAGGAGAUCCUGCAGGCGUGGCCGCUGACCCAGGUCAAGUCGUACCAGGUCGGGAAGUCGCACACUUUCACCCUCAACUUUGGGGAUUACAGUGACAAGGAGUAUUGUGUAAAAACCAACGACGCAGUUCGCAUCAGGGACAUCCUGCAAGGCUACAUCGACAUCAUAGCCAAACGAUUAGCGGGGGCUCGGAACAUCAACAUGAACGACGGCCAUGCUGUCAUGGAGGACAGUGUACAGAUGGCCAGAGCUCAUAUUAUUCAGCACGUGAAGAAUAAUCCUUCGAAAAUCGUCGAAGAGACUUUCGUGGGACCCACGAAGAUCUUGUCAUACGUCCCAGGUCAGCCAGUGAGCCAGGGUACGCAGCUGGUGACGGUUCAGCAAAUGAUCAUCAGCAACACGAUGAGCAACCAGCAGUACACUAUUACUGGCGAAGUGGCGCACCGCAAGGGAGUGUCUUUGGACUUCGUGAGAAAACUCAACAAAAUGAACUCCAACUCGGUGAAGGUCGUCAACUUGAUCAACACUGAGGAAGGUUCAAAUCGAGACGAAAUUAGAAAUACAGUGAGCGGUAUGGAAAGUGACAUGCCUUUAAUUAUUUCUGGUAUUAACGAGACGGUGAAGAAGGACUUGGAUGAUGGAACGAGGAAGAGAAUGCUGGACGAGUUGCAAGAACUCAUCGACUGCAUGAACUCGCUUACUCAGCACGUGAAUAGCCCAGAAAUCGAUUAUGGCGCUACCUUGGAAGCAGCCAGCCGGGUAGCGGACGUCUCCACGAGGAUGUACCUGGGCCUGGAUCCAGUCACCAAGCGACGCAGCAACUUGAUCAAUAUGUCACGACAGAGUUUCAUUGAAGAUGAGAAAAUGGAUGCCAACCUUCGAAGAGCAUCUUUCAUAGCAGCGUCAGCGGGCGCUUGCAAUGCGGUUGACGAAGCCAUCGCUAUCAUGAAUCAGGUUUACAAGGGUCCAGAGCUAACAUCAUCAGAGGGUGAGGACUUGGAGCGGGCAGCUCGCGACAUGAUGAGGAAACUGAAUGGAGCGGUCGCGCUGUUUCUUACUGCUCAUGCCGACCCCGAAAAUGUGGACUACGCCGCGGCCGUCACUUCAAUGAAUACCAUCAAAGAGUUGAUCACAGAAUUAGCGCAAGACACCCAGGCCCUGGCCAGCAUGAGAGAAGCCUCCUCGAAGCAGGAACUGAUUGAUGACGUCAACAAACUGUGUGACGUCACCAGGCUCGUCUGUUCCCUUACCGGAUGCACGGAUCAUCAGAAAUUGCUUGAUGUGACCAACGCUUAUGGUCCAGUAGCUGAUAAACUGAUUUUCAUGUUCGGCCGCGGUCGGAGAGACGACCACGACAGCAGGAUCGUCGACUUAGCUAAAAAAGUGGUAGAGAAGACAUCUCUGCUGCUGACCAAAGCUAAUGAGUUGACCAGCUUGGUGCCGAGUCCUCAAGCUGAACACCUGGACGAAGCUGGUGUGCAGUGUGCUGGGGCAGCCAGUGAUCUGCUGUCUUGUGCUAUGCUAACUUCCUCCUGCAUCCACGAGCCUCAUUGCCAAAGCGCAUUGACGGCAUCGGCUGAAACCCUGGCUUCGGCUGUUCAGAAACUCUUGAUUGCCUCUAAACCAGCUGUUGACGGUCCAGAUAUGAGACAUCAUGGUGAUGAUAUGAAGCAACUGAGCUUGGAACUAGCUAAAGCUUUGGACGCAUUGAAAAAUUUUUAUGGUAAUGACGAUCGCGUGAAUUCUGAUCCAGACUUAGCAAAGGAUCCACAAAGACUGAAAUUCAUCAUGCGUCUCGCAGAAACCGGAAAAGACUUGGAAGAGGCUGAGAAAGAAAUGUAUAAGUCUUCAACCAUCAGCAAACUGGACCACAACCCGGUGAUCGUGGCCAUGCUGGAGAAGAAUCUGGCGAAAAGAAUAGAAGAAUACAAUGCUGGUGUCGCUGCCUUGCUGCUCGCUGUCACUGAUCGCGACAACUCAGAUUACGCAGCAGCCGACGCAGCUUUGGUAACUGUUAAUGAUUCGAUGACAGGAAUUUUAAGAGACACCAAAUCUCUGGCCGCCAGUAAAGACGAAGUCACAAGGAGAACCUUGUUGGAAGAUGUGAGGAUACUUUGCGAGUCAACCCGCGGGAUAUGCGCUGGAGCAUGCUCCAAUAAUAUGACAGAAUUGAACGACACAGCUGGUGACCUUGCCAUCACAGCUAGCAAAUUGUACUUCACGUUCAAACCAGCGGUUUCUGCUGAGAAAGAGCAACAGAUAUUAGAUAUAGCAACAGCGGCUUGCACCAAAGCUUCUCAAAUGUUAUCCACCGUGUACCAACUAGCAGAAGAGGCUGAUGCUGCAGUUGGUAAUGUCCUGGAUGCUCAAGGAGCUACCACUGCUGAUGGCGCGAAGACUUUACUCACCUGCGCUCAGCUCACAGCCGCUAGCAUCAACAACCCAUCCAGCCAAUCAGCCCUCAUCCGUGCAGCAGACUUUCUGUCCACCUCUUCCUCUGAACUCUUGGACAUCAGCUCUAAGAUUGAUAACCCUCUGGUAGACCACAUCCGUAAGGAACAUAAGGAGUUACAGGAUGAGUUGGCGAGGUUGAGGAAGGCCUGUCCUGGUGUUAAAGAUUCUGGUGUAUUUCUAGAAGGAACUGGAAGGUCGGCAGAAGAAGAACAACAUCGUCUUAAUCUGGAGAAGUCUACUGCCGAUGCCAGACGACGGGUGGUUGAAAUCGAGAACGAAAUAGACAAGCCUUUCCAUGAAAGUCUGCCUAAAGGCAAGAUAGUGCUGGCUCGCCAACAACAGCUAAGCGAUGCUAUGAGCAAGCUCAGUUCCGCUAUAGCUGCCCUCACAGCUGCCACUGCAGAUCCAGAUGAUGUUGAUUACCUAGCAGCUAAUGAGGCUAUGACAACUAUCACGGAGUUAAUGCCGCUUGUCGUCAUUGACACGAAAACCCUGGCGUCCACCAAAGAUGCGAAGACACGCGACGCUAUGAUGGCGGAGCUGCGCUCACUGUGUGCUGCCACGAGGGAGAUAUGCGACCAUCAACAUGAUCCACAUCUUUUGCGAGAAUCAGCGAAGAAGUUCGGUUCAGCGUCCAGGGAACUGGUGUUUGUCCUCAACCCACAAACCAAAGCUGAUGACGCUAACAAGAUAAGAAAACAUGCGAAUUUGGUAUGCAACACCGCCAAACAGCUUGUAAAGGAGUCUUUCAACCUGAUUGAUAAGCUGUACGCUACAGAUUUGGCUGGAGAUAAACUGAAAAGGGCUGCUAACAAGACCAUGGCUACCGUUGACGCUUUACUAACUGUAACUCAGUUAACAUCACCGAGUUUGGGCAACCUGCACUGCCAAUCAGAACUCCUGUCCUCUAUAGAGGCGUUAUCACUGUCAGCUCAUCAUCUAGCCCAGCAGUGGGCGCCCAUACAGGCCGUGGACAAGCAGGAGUUGGUGAGCAGGCUGGAUCAGAAGCAUGGAGUAUUGCAGGGUCUGUUGGAGAAUAUGAGGAAGGAAUGCCAGGGAGAUUAUAUUUCUUCAUCCAUGAUACCAGACGAAUCAAAAUUUGAGACAAAGAAAUCAAAACGAGUUCAUUUUGCUGACACUGUCUCCGAGGUCAAGAGGUGUUUGCGGGACGUCGAUGAAGAACUCGCCAAGCCAUACAUUAGUGCACCUGCCAAAGGGGAAGAAUUGGUGUUCAAACAACUAGAGUUAUCCAACGGGUUGGCCCGACUCAACGCAGCGUUGGCCGCUUUGGCGGUUGCUACUGCAAAUCUAGACAACGUAGACUACCCAGCUGCCGAAAGAGCAAUGAAAACGGUCUCUGAGGCGUUACCUCAAGUGGUCAAAGAUACUAAAUCGAUGUCGUGUUCUCGCGAGGAUGUCCCUAAAGGAUUGUUGCUGGAUUAUGCGCGUGCGCUGUGCGCCGCCUCCAAAGAGAUUUGUGACGUCACGGGAACAAGCACUGGAACUAACGCUAAAGCUCUGAGGAACUCGGCAAAGAAGUUCGCAGCAGCAUCAGGGAAGCUCAUUUACAUGGUCAAUUCUCAAGCGAAGCCUAUAAUCGCUAAACAGGUCAUGGAGACAACCCAUGCGGCUUGCUUGACCGCCAACCGCCUGGUCAAAAACUCUGCCUGCCUGACUGACCACCUGCUGCCGUCGGAUCAGUCAGUCAGUCAAAUCGCUAAUAGUGGAAGGAGGACUGCUGACGCUGCUGAUGCUUUAAUUACAGCUGCGACGCUCACAGCGCCCUGUCUGAACGACCCCAACUGCCAAACCAGCCUGUCCAGUUCCAUCGACGUCCUCUCCUCCUCAGCCCAGGAGUUGAGGAGCCACUGGACCCCGUACCUUCAGGAGCCGAUGCUGACCGCCGUGAUCAAGGAGUUGGAGAGGGAGAACCAGCAGUUGACGAGGGACCUGGAUCAGUUGAGGGACUGCUGUAAUGUUUCGGAGAAAGAUGACAUCAUCAUCAAUAAGGCCAAGCCAGUGCCGUCUCCGAAACCUAAAGAUGCUGAUAUCAGGCUGAAGCAGGCUCUGGGGAAGAUCAGCUAUGUGCUGAAAGAUGCUGAGGAAGAUAUUAAAAAAGUAUACAACUCAAGUUUGGAGACACCAUCGAUGCAUAAGGACCAAGUGAAAAUGAUUCAGAAGGCGUUGGAAAAGAAAAUAGCGCUCACUAACGCUGUCAUCAGCGAAUUACUUGUUUGCGAUGGAACAGAAUCAACAGAUUGUGAAAAGCGCGUUUGGGAAUUGGCACCUCUGGUACGCGAUAUCACUAAAGAUGCCAAAGUCUUGAGUAACUCUAUGACGGAGAAACAGAGGAAGGCUUUCUUGGAUGACAUCUUAGCAAUGUUUGACGCCUUGAACAAGGUUGUUGAUGCCAGGGAAAGUAAUAAAAAUAAUCUAAAUGGAGCAACAGCGGAGUAUGGCGACAAGUCUGCCGCGAUCCUUUACUCGGUCUGCACGGAUUACGAUCCAAAUCAAGAAAAAGAGGUCAUAUCCAGGGUAAAAGUCAUCGGUGAAAUCUUGUCAGAGAUUGCGACGGGUAGUUCUACUCUCGUACCAGAUAUAUGUGAAGAUGAAGCUAAUAAAUUAUGUGCGGCAGGGAAAGCUUGUGCCAAAGCCGCUGAGAACCUGGUUUAUACUGCUAAGCUUGUGGCGCCAUCAAUUCAAAUUGCUGAAUGUCAGAACAUCAUUAAAAACGCCUGUCAGACUCUUUCUAACAAAAUAAAAGAGUUCUCCGCAACAUGGAAUCCUUUGUCUAAAGACCUUCGACAUAAAGCUUGUAUUGAUGAGCUGUAUGCUAAAACAGCUAAGGCUGAAGGUUUACUGGACGCGCUUAAGAAAGAUCUGGAUUCAGGCAAGCUGGUGAAAUUACGACCAUCUGAAGAUUUUGUAACAGAAGAAACGCCGCUCAGGAAACUGACAGCUGCACUUGUGGAUAAUGCUUUUAAAAAGUCAUCAGAUCCUGCACUAUCUCCAGAGCUUAAACUCAAGUAUGCGAAUUAUGCGCGUGCGCUGAACGACGCGGCUGAACAACUAGACAGGGCCAACGCUGCUUGCAAGAAAGAGCCACACAACUUGGAAAAGAGUCGUGAACUGGAGGAUGCCGUGCAAAAUGUCCAAGUUCUGGCGCUGCAGAAAAUUCAUGAGAUCGACAACCAACAUCAGUAUAUCGUUGACUUAACGGAAUACGUAAAGGAAUUAUCUCAAGAAGCAGAUAAAAUGAUAAAUGUCAAUUCUGCGUGCUCUACAAAAUACAAGGAUAUUGAUGACAACUGUCAACAUAUCAUUAAGGAAGCUGAUAGUAUUUUGCGUCCUUCUCAUGACCAUAAAAAAGGAGAUUCUACGUUUGUCGAUGAUAUCCACCAAGUUGACCGAUUCGGAAGGUCUUCAGAUGAUAAAGUGAAGAAGAUAGCUUCUCAAAUCAAGGUGUUACCAGAUUCCAAUGAUAAAUCUGCACUCACAGCACAGUCUGAACACUUGGAAUACAACUGCAAUAUGCUCAGAUUCGCUACUCAAAGCGCUAUAGCCAAUACACAAAGUGCAUCCUUGGACGACACCCUGCACACCCUGGUUGGACUAGAGAAGAGAAUCGACGAAAUGUUAAAAAGCGGACAGGAUAGAUAUAUUGACGAGCCUGUCCCUUGGCCAGUGCGCUGUGCGUUGUUGCAAGCUGCUCAAGGUGUAUCAUCACAGCACAAUCUUGGUGCUUCUCUGACACAGUACAUAGAUGAACAAAAAAUACGCACUAACUUUGAUGAUUCUGACGCUAAACUCAGGCUUGAAGAGCAUUUGAAGAAGCUCGUGUACCUUCUAAAGACAUCAUUGAUAGAGAAAGGCAGGAGAAUCGCCACUUGGCAAGAGCUGGACAGGCCUGAGGUGUCCAUUAUCACGGAACAAGUGAUCAAAGAAAUCGACAGAGGUUGCAGUUUCAACAAGAAGGCGGGUCAAAAGACGAUACUUCAGGAUAUCGAUAUUAAUCGACUGCUUCUAUCAACUGAUGUUGUCAAGACGGAGGGAGACAGAGUCGUAUUAGAAGACAAGCUGCAACAGUCAGCUACCAAGCUGUCUUCCUUGCUGUCUACAUUAGUUUCAUCAUCAACAUCAUCUAAAUCAUCACUGGCUCGCAGUGUGAGCAUCAGCAUCGCCGCUGCUGGUGAGGUGUCAGCUCUAGCCAGAGCUUUGAAAUCUGAUGAUCCAGUAUAUAAUGCGAAGUUAGAAGAAGCAGCCAGAGAUGUUAGAUUCCAGACUUACAACGUUGUGAAAGAGUCUGAAGUUGUCGCUCAAGAACCCAACAGUCUUACUCGCCAGAGGCGCCUUCUUGAGGCUUGUCGUUUAUUGAACAACGCACUUAAUAAUUUGACACGUACUACAUCAACGAAGAACAAAAUUUACCAUGAAUGUAACGAAUUGAUUAGAAAUUUGCAAUUCCAAAACACUUUGCUGAUAAAUGUACAACCCGCGAACAUGCUGCCCUAUGCGGAAUGCCUGGACGCUAUGCUGAACCAACAAGAAGUCAUACAAAAGCUGAACAGUGACCAACCGAUGUCCAAAACAGAGUUUUCUCGUACACUGAGGUAUGUCAGUUCAGCUGUUUCUAAUACCACGGAAUUGGCUGCUCAGUGCGGUUAUUUGUUGUCGCUAAGUCAGCGAGAUCGUGAGUUCGCCAAAAAUGGAGUGGUGGAUGUUCAUCUUCUGAAGAAGGCUACCGAGGCUACGCAGGCUACAUGCUACAAGACACUAUAUUCAGAUCCCCAACAGGCUAAAGAGGAAAUAUCUAAUCUUAUAAGUCAAUCAAACAUCUUCCGGGAAGUUCUGUUGGAAGCUGAGAACAGAUCUCAGCCCUUGAAGAAAGAUCUAGAAUCUGCCAGAAUGAAUUUGGAGAAGUUUAUUGAUGAGCUGAAAGGUUCACGUGAUUUGAAAGCUGAACAAAUGACAUCAAUCACCAACCAAAUACUGGACGUUACAAGAACAGUGUUAAAUCUAUCGGAGCACCCAGGUUUGAUUCCCGGUGUAGGACAACUCUCUACUGAAGAGAGACAACGGCAAGAACAUGUUAUUUUAGAUGCCAGGGAUUUGACUAGAAAAACUGUCGCUUUGAUAUCUGAAGUGAAGCGUCACGAAGACAGUAACAGCGAUGAUGAUGGGCCCAUGACCUGGGUCACCUUCAAACUGAAGAGGAGGGACGUGGUCAAGGCCUUUGAGGCAUUAUUGAUUGGAGUCAGAGAAAAUGGUCAGCGCGCUGGAUUACUGGACCACAAACAAGGGGAGGAAGAAAAUCCCAAGAGCUUUGUUCAAUUACAAUUGGAAGUAACUAAUAAAUGGCUGAAGCGACCUAAUUGCAAGCUAGAGGUGAAGGUCGCUGGCGAGGAAGCUGUCUUGAAAUUAAUCAAUAUUGCUGAAAAGCUAACUGAGGAAAUGAAGACAAGUGAGAAAGAGGAUUUGUGCGUUUUGAUCGCCGAAACUAAAGAUCUGCUAAGCGAGUGUUCCAAGAAAUGUUCUCCAGACAAAGCCAGUGUUUUAGUAGAAAGACUGAAGUCUCUGAAGAAGGCCAUCGAACGAGGAGUAGUCACUAUGGUCGUUGAUGAUUUUAUUGAUGGAGAGGAGCCGCUUCAAGACCUGGAUAUACUUGUGGAUAGCGAGAAAGACGAAACCAAACGCAAGUUCAUACUAGAACGUAAGAUCGCAGAGUUACUCGCUCAACUCGGCCGAGUGACUCGCACGGCGCGGACUGUAGCCGACGUGACUGGACAACAGCAGGCUGUGAAGCUCACUGCUUGUACCGACCAGGCUAACCUCCUAGCUCCUCUUUUGGUAAAAGCGGCCCAAGACAGGAUCAGCACUCCAAACAAUAAGGCCGCAAUAGAGAACUAUCAGUCUCUCCUGGCUCAGUAUGCGGAGUCAUUGUCUAAGGUUCGAGACCUGUGCGAUCGUUCCGUUGAUCCUAUGGAGUUUGUCCAGACUGCUGGUGAAACAAUGCAGAGAAUGCGCGAAGAAUCCAGCCAUGAAAAUGAUCCUCAGAAAUGCGUGUACACGUCGUCUGCUAUCACCAAACUUGCGAAUCGUGUCAUCCAAGUAAGCAUGUCAUCCAGCAAUGCGAAACAAGACCCCGAGUUGCAUAAAGCAUUAUCAGAAGCUCAACAAAGACUGUUGGCUGCUGUGCCUGAUCCGGAAACUCGACGUAGUAAGGUUCCUGACUGGAAGGAUACAACAGCCGAGAUUUUACGUACGACUGGAGAAGUAGAGGCCGUAAUGGGAGGCGAAAUGAUAUUCCAGAACCAACCACAAUCUGAUCAACCAAUUUUCGUGGCUGCUCGAGAGUUGCACACCGCGGUGCGAGAAUGGUCUGCCCGCGACAACGAGCUGGUGGCAGUGGCCAGGAAGAUGGCGGUCUUGAUGGCCAAACUGUCAGCUUAUAUGAACAAUAAUAAAAAGCACGACUUGAUAACUACAUCAAAAAGCAUAGUGAGCAACUCGCACGAAGUGGUCGAGCUCGCUCGCAAGCUGGCUCAUGAGUGUACCGACGUUAGGAUCAAAACUAAUCUUCUGCAAGUGUGCGAUCAGAUCCCUACAAUCAGCGGCCAGCUCAAGAUGUUGACCACAGUGAAAGGGGCGACCCUCGCUAAUCCAGGUAGCAAAGAGGAUCAAGACAGCCUUAACAUGUUGGUGGACAACGCACAAAACCUAAUGCUGAGUAUCCAGCAAGUUGUGAAAGUGUCGGCGGGUGCGUCUGUCAAGAUUGCGUCCCAGCGAGGCGGAUUGAGAGUGAAAUGGGUGCGCAAGGCGUAUUACUAUUGAAUACCAUAUUCGUUCAUUCAUUCGUUCACUUUUUAAUAAUGUAAAAAUGCCUCGUUCCAUUUAUUUUAAGAAAAAAUGUGUCAAUAUUUUUAUACUAUUACAAGGAUAAAGAUUUUUUAAUGUUAGGAAUAAUAUUAUAUUGAAAUUACUUUUUAAUAGAA